AUGCCUCCCGGUGAAUUGCUGCAUCAUCAGCUAGCCUUCCUCACCUGCAGGUGUUGGCUGAGCAGCUGCUGGUUUCUGGCCUUGUGUCGUGGUCGGGAAAUCAGGAUGAGUGGGCUGGUCCCUGCUUCCGGAGAGACCCCUUCUCUCCAGAGGGCAGGAAGGCAUAAAGGAACCGCAGCUUGCUCAAGAGUGGGAGGGGAGAGCACCAAGGAGCCUGGAUCCCAGCUGCAGAAGCUCAGGGAGGGGUGUGCUGUCUCCCCUCCAUUCCCAGGCCUCCAGGCAGGGCCCCCCCAGCAGGGGCACAGGGACCCCCAAGAUUUGGGCCAUGCUCCAGGGGCUGUGGGCAUCCAGGUAUGGCUGAAGGACUAG